GCCAGUAAACUGGAUGACAGCAACUUUUACGUAAAUACAGAAACUUUUCCCCAACACACACUGUGUGUGCAAAAGCAAAUUAUUUUUCUCCGAAAUAAAAAAAAAAACGAAAAGUUUGUGUGUGGAAAAGUUACGAGGAAAAAAUCUGCUGCAAGUUUUGUGCAGGAAAAGUGUUUGAAAAAGUGCUUUGGUGGCGAGAAUUCUCCCAAAAAUUUGCCAAACAAAAAGAGGAAAAUUCGGAAAAAUAGCUUCGUCUUUUUUUUUGCACUUCCGCAUCCCAUCUUGUGCACGCAAAAUUUCAGUGAAUGUGAGGCGGUGAAGAAUAGAUUUUCGGUGGAAUUGAGGAGGAAUUAGAAUUAUGUGCGAUGCCCAAGUCACAUGAGUCGUCGUCCGAGUUUGAUUUCAGCAGCAAUGAGAAUCAGCAGCCGAAUACAACACCCAACCGCAAUCUACCCCUGCCCGUGAAUAGUAAAAAGUUUCGCCAUCAGAAUUUCAGUAAGAACAUCUACAUUGGGACGAGGAAUGCUGAAAAAUGGGAUACAUUUCGGUCAUCGUUGGCAUUCAAGAAUGAUGUGGAAUUCGUCUCGUAUCUACUAAAAUUAGCUGAGAAUGACCUAGCCAAUGGCAAUGGUCGUCUCAACAACAUUAAGGGGAACUUUGCAAGUUUGCUGGAUCACAGCCAAACAUCAUCCAGCGAUAAGGCAUCGAAGAGUGUCAGUGAGACAACUGAGAAUCUCUACAGUGCCGCCACAGCUGCUGCUGUGCCACCCCAGAAGAAAGUGAAGAAGGUCCAAUUUCAGGAUAGUCUCAAUGGGAUUAUUCGGAAUUGUGACCCACUGCCGGCAUUCAGUGGGAUCGUCAAUAAGGAUCCCCUUGCGGACUUCCGGAGUCCCCUUGAGGACACCACGUCGGAAGUUCUGGAUUGUCGUAUUGCUGAGAAGAUAAAAACGGAAUUGUGUGAGAUGAAGACGAAGGAGAAGGAACUCUCAAUGGUGGCUAAGAUUCCCUUUGUAGCUGAUCCCAUGAAUUCGCGUGAGCAUGAGAGUGAUUUUGACGAAGACGAUGAGGAGGAUGAUGAUAAUUCGGUACUCGAUGAUUUACCUGAGAAUCCCGAAGAAGCCCUUUGCUUGGCUGCUAUAAAACCUCGAGAUCUCAUGGAUUCAUCCUCAUCCAUUCCCAUGCCCACGACACCAGUGAAGGUGUCCAAGAAGAAGGCACUUAAGGGCGGGACAGAGGUGAAGAAGCCACGAGGACGACCGAAAAUGCUGAAGCAUGAUGUACGAAAGGCACCCCAAGAUGGGCGGCAUCUUCCCACCAUUAUGGGGCCAAUGGAAAUGAACAACGACGAUGAACCCGGAGCUGAGCUUGAACCACAAUUCCCCCAGAGUGAUGAUGAGGAAACCACGGAGCCCUUUGAUGAGGUAACAGGACUCCCAAGGGCAGCCAUGUGUUGCUUCUGCGACGAUCAGCACAUGCCCGAUGAGUGCCCCAUACGCAAUGCUGAUCUCCACAUUAUGGACUCCAUUGAGAGGGCAGUGUGGCUGGAGCAGAAUCAGGAAGUCGCCGAGGAGUACGCCAAACAGCAUGUGUUGACAAUUAAAACAGAAGAGCGCGAUGAAGAGUUGGAAGAUGAUGAAAUUGGGGAAAGUAACUCAGCCAGUAGUCUCAUGGAGGACGUUCUCCCACCACCACCACCCAUCCCAGCAAUUCAGGAGAAUCUCCCAACAUUUGCCGAUGCAUCCCUCCCGCCGGAAUUUGAAUUUCGCACCAUAAAUGAGCUUCAGUGUGUCUUCACGAAAGCCCCAAUUGUUAAAUUCACAAAGCUCGGCCCCCUCAUUGGGCGCAUCAUCCCAGCAACGGAUAUUGGGGAUGACAAUCAGAUGCAGUACAUCGUGGAGACAUUUGAUGGUACCCAAUCGGAAUUCCUUUCGCUCGAGAAUAAGAAUGAUUCCAACUGGAUGCGCUACAUCCGACCAGCUGCUUCGCGAGACUUGAGAAAUCUCUCCCUUGUCUGCGUGAAUAAAAUGGUCUUCUUUGUCACAACAACAGACAUCCUGGAGGGAUGUGAGCUGCUCUAUUGGAGUGACAACAUCAACUCAGCCUGGGGCAGGAAGAAGAUUGAAAAAAUGAAUUGUGGCGGAUGCAACAUAAAAUUCGAUCAUCCCCUCUUCUAUCGAACACAUUGCUCCGUGUUCCAUGAUCCCUCAUUCAGUUUAACCAUCAGAAAGUAUCACUGCAAGAUUUGCAGUAUUGCAGUUCUGGGAAAGGAGAACAUCAUGAAGCACGCUGCUCAGAUGCACGAUGGCAAAGGCGCCUAUCAGUGCCAGUUCUGCAAAAAGUUCUUCCUGCGGUUGAACUACUUGGAGAUGCAUCGAACUUAUGGAUGCAGCGCCAAUCCACAGCGUGCUCGUCCUCUCUGCGAUUUCUGCGGCAGGAAAUUCUGUCAACCGCAAAAGUUGAAAGUUCAUAUCAAGAGGAUGCAUAGUGACAUGGCGGACGUUUUGAGAGAUUUCCAGUGCAAACUUUGUUCAAAACUUCUGGGAUCAAGAGCUGCACUACAGAGACACUCCAAGGAGGUUCAUAGUCGAAAUUCAGCUGUUGUGAGUUGUCCAAGAUGCCAAAAAUUAUUCCAGAACCGCAGCAACUUGAAGAUCCACAUGUUGACACAUUCAGGAGUGCGUCCUUUUAAGUGUGCUGAAAAUGAGUGCAAUGCUGCAUUCACAACGAAACAAUGCCUUCAAUUUCACUACAAGAAAGUGCAUGGCUACACCCAGGAGCAAAUGCCAAAGAUUGAACGGAGUAUUGCCUAUACUUUUGAUGCAUAUUCCGGUGGGAUGAAAGUUGAUUUUAUCGAACAAGCUCCGAGGAGACGAAGGAAAAGCUUAGAGGAAGGAAAUUCUCUGGGUGGUGUGGAAAAGAGGAAGUACAACAGGAGAAUUGUUGAUGAUGAUCUCCUCAAUUCAACUGGAUCAACCGUUAAGACUUCCAUUUCGGAUUUAUGCAAGAAUGAAACAAACCUAUCCCUCCUAUCAUCGAAGAUUUCUUCCUUGCUCAAUCAUGAACUCAAUCAGGUGAAGUUCAGACGACGCAACAGCAUCUCCAUGGAUAAUUUCAACCAGGAAGAUCUUCACAAGAAUGAUGAGAAUCACAUGGAUGGCAUAAGUGAUCUCAAGGUUAAACUCACAGAAGGAGAUCACAAAUCCCGGGAUUCUCUGGAUGACUCCCAGGAUAAUCAGCACAAUGCCCAAUUGAAUUUGGUUGAGUCCUUCCUAUCUAGUUCAACGGGAGAGCAGUCAAAUCCCCUUCAGGCCAUGCAGUCGCAGCUGGAUGAGCAGCAACAGCAGCAAGAUGAUGAGGAGAGGCAAUCAACAUUUAGUGCUCCAUCGCGGCACAAGGAUUUCGCCACACCCAUCAACACAAGCUUAAUCCCCAGCAAGGGUAGCAAGAAGUGGAUCAAUGAUCAGCAAAAUCAGUCAAAUGACGGGAGCUUGAUGUCGGUGAAUCGGGACUUUAUCACGCGCCUCAUGAUGAAUGGGACGAAUGUGAAUAGUGCCGCAACGGGUGAUGAUGAAGACAGCUCCACAAUUCUCGAUGUUGUGGACAAUCAUCCGCAGAAUGCAUCCCAGUAUGAUUUGCAGCAAAUGCACCUGCCCAGCUUGCCGAUGACUUCGCACAUUCAUCAACCAUUCAUGAGUUCCUUCUACAAUGGGAAUCAGAGCAAUGCUUCCGCUACGGCGACUGGUCCCGGAAGCGCAGGCGCCGCAGUCCGGGCAGCUUCAGCAGCAGCUGGGAAUUCAACGUCGGCAAGUCUUCUCGUUGAGGCUGCCCUCAAUUCCGUGAGCAACAUCAUUGAUUCCGGAGAUCGGGACAGCUGUGAAAUGGCUAAGAGUGCCAAUGCUGGAAGUAGUUCACGUCUUGAGGAUGAUCAUGAGCUUAAUAGUCACAUGGAUGUGGAUAUUGAUUCCAUACCGAAUGAGCAUCAUUCCAUUGAUGGGGGGAAUGAGAGUGGGGGUGCUCUGGCGCUGGCUGAAUCGGCGUAUCAUCAUCACAACAACAUGAGCCCGUUGGACAACGAAGUGAAACUCAUGAAGAGCCUGAAUAACUUCCAAAUGUCAGGGAUGCAGCAAUUUUCCGUUCCAUCAACAUCAACAACCAAUCAGAUCAUCAUGGCGGACUCACCGAGUGUUACCAAUAGUGGGCAGGAUUUAAUGCACGACAACGACAUUGAUGUGGACACGGCAUCAACACCGCGAACAAUGGAUAGGGCGGAAUCCAAUGGAUUCCGGAACUACCAUCAAGCUUCAACUCCCUCACCACGAGACAUAUCACCGGGGCAGGAUUAUCGAGCAGCAGCCAUGUAUGCAGCUGCUGCAGGGAGUAAUAAUCACGUGUCAUCCCCACAAGCCCUCUCCCGGAGGAAUUAUCAAUCAGAGCAGAAUGCAAUGAUGUCCCCAACAGCCUCCCCGCCAGUAGCUAGGUAUGGAUUCACCGAUGAUAUGUGCCGGAAGCGCGAGCACGAUCCCUCCGGGAGUUUAAUUGAUGCCCAGAGUAUGGAUCGUCGGGAGAAUCAUCACAUGGGCGGUGGAAGUGGUGGGCAGCUGUCAAGUGAUGAAGAUAGCAUUGUUAUUGCGCAGAAUUUGAGUGUCAACAACAACAACAACGAUGAAUUGAAAAUGAAGAUGAACCCCUCAAUGGAUCUCCUGUACGCCAAGUACGAGCAGCAGGUGAAUGCUGGACAGGAUCUCGCAGAUCUCCGGAUGAAAUACAACACAAACGAGACAGCUCUGGAUGUGUCUGACUUCCGUGGUGGUGGAGCGAAUAGUGGGAGUGAGUCAAUGUCCGAAAUUCAGGGGCUUGACAUGUCAUCACGUCCGGGACUUUCGGGGUAUUCUCAUCACAACUUCCAAAUCUCUUCAGCUGGUGCUAAUCUCAGUCUCAAUCGCUACCACCAUCAUAUCUAUGAUAUUCUGUCGGAGCGUGAGCAGCAGCAACAGUCGGAUCAUCAUCAGUUGCAGCUGCAGCAGCAGAUGAUGCUGCAGGAUCAACUGGCUGGCGGGGAAAAUGAGUCAGAUCAAACCACCUCAGUUGAUCUCAGUCGCACAACGAGCUACGUUGUGACAUCCCCACCGGCUCUACCCUAUUCGCAUCCUCAUUCCGACAUGCUGCGGAUGGUAUCGUUGGAGCUAAAUUCAAAUGGUAGCUCUGGAAUGAUUGUUGGAAAUAACAGCCAUCACGGGCGCAGCUUCCUCCCGUCGCAAAUUCAGCACAACAGCCGCGAGAGUUUAUCCGCCGUGGAGCAUCAUCGUCUCCUGUCAACGGCUGAGCAGCAUCGUCUCUUGGCAUCCAAUACAGCCGCUGCGGCUGAACAGCUGUCAAAUCCCGCCGCAAGUCUUGCGUCCAAUCAUCGAUUAAUCGUCGAUCCGGCCACACAUCUUCUCAUGGAGCCCAACAAUCGUCUGCUAUCGUCUGAGAAUAAUCGCCUGCUGGAUCAGACAUCGCGCAUCCUGGCUGAUUCGUCCUCCGUGAAUAGGCACAUGGUGCCAUCGAGGGACUUUGGUGCAUAUCAAGUCACAUCCAAUAACUACCACCAUCUGGUUAGGCAGAAUUUGGCAGGGUCCUCUUCUAAUCAACCCCCAUCCAACUAUCAUCCUUUCCCGGCUUACUACUAGGAGCCCCAUCUCAUCCCUUUCAACCUCUCAUGCAACCUUUGAACUUGACGGAUUUUCUAGCAUUUAGAAGAGCAUUUGAAGGAGGUCAUUCUAUUCAAAAGAAACUUUGCACCAAGCCCAAGGGGUGUUUAUCUGAAUGAAAAUAUUCAGAUAAUUUGCCAAAGAAAUCAAAAUAUUCAGCAGACGAACAUUUUUUUUCAGUCUUAAAUUGGUAGAGACUGAGGAGCAAAAAAGUCUAAAGAGUACUUAAUUGUAGACAAAAAAAGUGAAAUACAAUUUAGUACUUUGUAGACUUAAAUUUAGUACUUUUUCCCAUUGUAUUCAGUAUACUUUUUCAGCUAGAAUUUACUAUUUUUCUGAUGGAAUUUAGUACUUUUUCGAUUUUAGUACUAAAUUAUUUAGUACAGUCAUACCCCGUUUUAUCAAGUCUUGGUUAAAAAACUCUUCUCACCCAUUAAUUUUAAUGGGUGAGAAGAGUUUAACCAAGACUUGAUAAAACGGGGUAUGACUGUACUAAUUUUUUGAGUUCUAAAAGUACCAAAUUCUAGCCAAAAAUAUAGUAAAUUCUAAUUGAAAAAGUUCUGAAUUCAAUCGGAAUAAGUACUAAAUUCUAGCCUAAAAAAGUACUAAAUUCAAUCCUGAAAAGUACUUAAAAAGCAGUAAAUUCAAACCGAGAAAGUACCACAUUUUAGCUGAAAAUGAGAAUAUUCAGAUCUUUGGAAAUAUUGUAAUUAUUCACCAAAAUAGUCAAAAUAUUCGACAGAUAAACGCCCCUUGCUUUGCACUGAAGCCCCGCCUUUGGAAGUUAUUCAAAUAAGAAGAAGAAUCAUCAAAAGAAGAUGAGCUCUGAUUGGCUGAUAAAUUCAGGCAAAGCAUUUUCAUUGGCUAUCGUUCAUUUAGGGAGUGGAGCUUCAGUGCAAGACUAAUUUGAACAGAAUGGGAUCCUUUUCAUCUGAAGUUCCAAAGUCUGCUAGAGAGCCUAUCCCUCUUACUAAAUAAAAAAAUGAUGAUGAUCUCAAUGUUGAUUGGCCGUUAUUUUUGUUACGCUCUUAGGCUAGAUUUAAUCACCAUUUUAUGCAUUCCCUUAAUUGUAUUCUCAUAUUUAAAAGAAAAAAAAAAAAAAAAGAAAAUGCCGUCACUUAAAUUCUAGUCUCUUUUAUCUUAUAACUUUGAAGAAAAAAAAGAAUGAAAAAAUUGUAGGUUUUUCGAUGGAUUUAAUAAUAAAAAUUUGAAAAAAAGUCUUAUAUAUUUAAAUAAAUAAAAAAAAUCUUGGUGGGAAAAUAUUCAAAUUGUAAAUAGUUCAUGUUCAUUAAAUUUAAUUUUAUAAUCAGUAUGAAAACAAAUUUAACGAUAUAUUUACACAACUUAAAAAAAACAGAAUAGUAUAUUAACUGGAAAAUUUUUGUAUUGUAUGUGCCAAAAUUUACAGAGAAAAAAAAUGAAGAAAAAAUUAACGAGAAAAUUAUUAAGAAAAAAACUAUAGAGGCAACUGACCAAGGAUCCUCCGUAGACAACACGACAAGACUCAAAAAACUUCCUCGAUUUUAGGAGACUCUCUUUAGGAGAACGUUAGAAAAUCCUUCUUAUGUGGAAAAACAAGAAAAAAUAGUCAGCAAAAUGUAUUUUUUUCUUAUUUUCUAUUUUUUUAAAAAUUGUUUUUUUUUUUCAAGUCAAAUCACACAAUUUCCGCAACAGAGGCACAUGAUUCUCCUUGAAUUUCCUUUAAUCUCUCUUUGGUUUUAUGGUGAGGGAGAAACCCCCUAAUUCUUAUAAUAGAAAGUAAAAAAAAAUUAUGUAAAAGUGGCAAAAUAAUUCCGAAAGAAAAGAAAGAGAGAAAAACAUUUAAAGAAGCGUAACAAUUUUCUGACCGUGACCAAAAGAACAAGUAAAAGAAAAAAAAUUAUAAAAAUCUCUUAUUUUAAUGUGAAAUAAAAAUAAACUGAAACCAUUUA